GAGGCUUCCAGGAGGGCAUAUCCUGCGCGCCGCGGAGGCGCCGAAGGCCUCCAUGUUGAGGCAGCAAUAACGGAACCUCUGCCCAAGCCGCCCGCUCGGAAGGGGCUGCCAGAUUUGUUAAGCAGAAAUGAAGAAUAAAAAGCAAUAUAUACAAAAUACUGAGGAUGAAAAUCAUGAAGACACAGAAGCAGGUGAAGACAAUGAAGAAAACCGAUCCUAUUCCUCUAGCAUUUUUUCUGAUGAAGCUGACAGGUGUCCCAUCUGUCUAAACUGCCUGGCAGAGCAAGAAGUUGGUUUCCCCGAAAACUGCCGUCACAUAUUCUGCAUAACGUGUAUUCUCAAAUGGGCUGAGACCAGAGCUUCAUGUCCAGUUGACCGCAAACAGUUUCAAGCAGUAUAUAAACUAAAUGUACUGGAAGACUGUAUUAAGGUUCGGAUAAAGCAACAAGUAAGCAAAAAAGAUGACCUGCUUAGCUGUAAUGAGGGCAAGUAUUGCCCUAUGAAUAUGAAAAGCUUCGCAAGAAAGAAAGAAAAUCGAGACAGAAAACCUUUGAUGCCAAUCUUCUGGAAAGGCUGGAACCAAAACCUCACCGGAACAAGAAUUGGAGCUGGUUGCAAUGCCUGCCUCCUUCAACCUACUGGAAUAAGGCACAGAGCAGGCGGCAAUGCCCAUCCCAUCUUCACCCUGUUGGAAUCAGGCACCAAGCAGGCAGCAAUCUCCACCCCCCUUCAACCUGCCGGAAUCAGGAGCAGAGAAGGUGGCAAUGCCUGCACCCCCUUCACCCAGUUGGGAUCAGGAACGGAGCGUGUAGCAAAGCCCACCUCCCGCCUUCACCUGUCGGGAUCAGGCUCUUCAUAUAAUGAAGACAAAAAUGCUGUGUUGGUGAAGAAAAACAAGCCCAGAAGGCAGACUUGCUCAAACAGAUUCUUCAGAAGUAACUUGUGCAAUAGAUCUUUUUCCAGCAGUAGUUUCACUGGAGAAUCUUCUAAUCACCGCAAUGAGUGUAUAGAGAUCAGAAAAAUCGACACAAUUGUUGAACACAAGAGAAGAGAACUGGAGCUGUCAUGUUCUGUGCUAGCUGGAGGAGAAAGAAUCCCGUCCGUGUGCUAUGAGAUGGAAACUUGUCUCCGUGUACCCACUAUUGUGGUGGGAACUCUCUUUCCAGUAAACACUACGCCUUUGGAAAACUUUGGGUCUUCAGUAAAGGGGUAUGCUGUUACCUAUGUCCAGGAUGGAGAGGAGAAGAAGCAAACUUCUGGUGCAGCUGGCACAAGAGGAACAAGAAGGAAGAUUUCAGAUAAUACUCCUAGAAGAAGAUCUGCACGGAAUGCUAAAACAGAAACUGCAAGUCAGUCUCAGAGUUCACCAAAAUCAAGCAGUUCUGGAUGUGAGGCUAGUGGUGAUGGUAGCUCUUUUGUGAAUACUCCUUGUGCAGAAUCUGAAAAAUUACCUCCAAAACGAAAGGCCAAGAGAGCAGUUAAACAGCAGGAACCUUUAGUUAAAAAGAAACUCAGAAGCUACGGACGUUGUAGAAAGCCACCUAGUGAUCUAGUAGAAGGAGGUGAUUCUGAGACAGAGGUGACGGUGCAGCUAGAUAAAGGCCAUUUACCAGAUAUUGAAAAUAGUACCUCUGAUGCCAGUAGCAAAAGUGAUGUAGAACUGCAGUCUACUAAUGGCUUAGAAAAUUCCAAGGACCAUGUAGAAUGUAAGGAACUUACAGAAGUCUCUUGCAAAGAGCUGGAUACUUCAGAAGUCUUAAACACUAAUUCCUGUGUUCAAGAACCACCUUUGCUCACGCCUGAAGAAGAUACUGAGAAAUGUGAUGCAACAGGUGAUGAGUUUGAAAGUGAAAGAUGUUAUGUAAGUGCCAUUGAACAAGCAGAGCAAUCUGUACAUGCUCCUAGAGGAGAAUUGUCUGAUGACAUAGUAACACUUACACAUCAGCUUCAGGAAUUCAGUACUCCAAAGAAUGAACUGCCAGAAAAAGUGGAAUUGGUGGCAAUAGCAGAUGAGUCUUUACCUAGUUCUAAGGAUAAAUUAGUGGUGGGAGCUGAAUCUGUGGCAGUAGCAGAAGAGCCAUUGCCUAGCCCUGAAAGUGAGUUACAGGGGAAUCUGGAAUGUGCAGAAUCAGAAAAGCAGUUGAUGUCUGUCCCUGGAAAUGAAUUAUUGGGAAGAUUGGAAUCUGUAGUAGUAACAGAUGAGAUGCUGGACGGACAAGGAAAUGAGAGGCCCAAGGAGCCCCUGGCAGGUCAUUGUAUUCAGUCUAAUGAUUCAUUUCCAGAAGAAUCUGUGAUGGGCAAUAAGCAGGCAUUAAGUAGUCCUAGAAGUAAAUUACUGGAGCUCCAGGUGCCACUGGAGAUGGAAGAUGCUGAAACUGAAGAAAAAGAAGGAAAUACCCUUGCAAAUAAUGAAGACCAAAAAGAUACUGAUUUAUUGGUAAACAUUGCUUCAGAUAACAAAUGUGAUCAGUCUUCAGAUGAGGCCAGAGAAGAAUCCAGAAUGAGUGUAUUGCCCACAAUGCCCACUGAAGAUGUUAAACAUUUUGGUGAAGAUAACAAUGAGAUAGUAGCUAUGGAAUGUGAUUCGUUUAGUAGUGACCAGAAUGAUACUUGCGUAUACCAGCCCCUCGUGAGUGGCAUUGUAAAGCAAGAGGCAGAUUCCUUGCUACAUGAAAUGGAACACACACUAAUCUUUACAGGUCCUGAAAAGAGAGAAGAAUCAGAAUGCUCUACAGAACUUAAAAAAGAUAAAAAGAUACGAACUAGAAGAUCAAGAUUUCAUUCUCCGUCAACAACUUGGUCUCCAUCCAAGCGAGAAGGAAGAAGGUCUCAGUCUCCAUCUCCUGAAAGGAUAACUGUGUCUGAAGGCAGGAUGUCUCGGUCUCCCCGAAAAGCAGCUGUGUCUGAAGGCCGGAAAUCUCCUCAAAAGGAGGCUGUGUUGGAAGGCAGGAUGUCUCAGUCUCCCCAAAAGGAAAUUCUGGUUGAAGGCAGGAUGUCUUGUUCUCCCAAAAGGGAUAUUUCUAAAGAAGGGCAAAGAUCCUUAUCCCAGUCUCCAAAGAGGGAUCUGCUAAGAAAAAGGAAAAAAUCUUUAUCCCAGUCUCCAAAGAGGGAUCAACUGAGAGAAGGAAGAUCUCUGUCUCAGUCUCCAAAGAGGGAUCAUCUGAGAGAAGGGAGGUCUCAGUCCCCUUCUCCAAAGAGGGAUCUGCUGAGAGAAGAGAGACAAUCCUUGUCUCAGUCCCCAAAGAGGGACCUGCUGAGAGAAGGGAAGAGAUCUCCCUCAUGUUCACCAAAGAGGGAUGGGUUGAGAGAAAGGAGGCGGUCAUCUUGGACACGAACAAAAGACUCUUCUCCAAGACACAAAUGCAGGUCUCAAAGUAGGGAUAGAGAUAGUGAUAAAGAGGGGCAAAACCAAGAUAUUGACAGAGAGAGAGGUAGGAGAAGAUGGUCGCAAUCACGUUCAAGAUCUAGAUCUAGAUCCAGAUCCAGACCUAGGAACAAAGGCCUCUCGUUCCCUAGAAAUGAGAGGGACAGUUAUUCACCUCCUAGAUGGAAAGAACGGUGGACAAAUGACAGUUGGAGAAGUCCUAGAGGAAAUGAUAGGUACAAAAGAAAUGAACCGGAUAAGCUUGCUGAGAACUUGAAGAGAGAAAGGGACAGUACAAGCAAAGAAGAGGACACACUACAAGAUCCUGACCAGUAUAGAAAAGAUUAUCCAGACUGGGUAAUGGAAAAGAUAAAUUCUGUCCCAGAAAGUAGGAACAGAGAGAGGGAAAAAUUUCAAAGUCAAUCAUGGGAAGAAAAUAGACACAGUAAUUCAGGGCCUCCUUGGAAUAGAAACUUUGGAUCUGGUUGGAAUUCAAAUCGUGGCAGAGGUGGUCGAAACAGAGGUGGUCGUGGCAGAGGUAGCUUUUUAUAUGGAGACCAGAGUGAAAAUCGCUGGCAAACUCGGAAGCCCCACUCAGGGAACACAAACAGCACUGGGAAUGAAAGUUCCAGAUUUCCAGAACAUCAGCCAUACAAACGCAAGUCAGAGCAAGACUUCUCGUUUGAUACACCUGCUGAUAGGUCUGGCUGGACAUCUGCAUCUAGCUGGGCUGUAAGAAAGACUUUACCAGCAGAUGUGCAGAAUUAUUAUUCGAGAAGAGGCAGAAAUUCUCCAAGUCCACAGUCAGCAUGGACAAGACAAGAGGAAGCAGCAGCACCCGAGCAAGAUCUGAACUUCAAAGACCAAACCAAUCAACAAAGUGAUAAUUCUCAACUACCAAUAAACAUCAUGCAACCACAGAUGAAUGUAAUGACACCAGUAAAUACGCAGCAUCAGCCAAUGAAUAUCUUCCCAUAUCCAAUGGGUGUCCAUGCUCCUAUUAUGAACAUUCAACACAAUCCAUUUAACAUCCCGCCGCCGGUGCCCAUGCAUCUUCAUACAGGAGUGCCUCUUGUCCAGGUAGCAACACCUACCAGUGUGUCUCAGGGACCACCUCCUCCACCACCACCUCCACCACCAUCUCAGCAGGUUAAUUAUAUUGCUUCCCAACUGGAUGGAAAACAGUUGCAGGCUGUUCCUGUUACUUCCCAUGGUGUCAACAACAUGAGUACCCCAAUUCUGCCUGUUUCAACAGCAGCUUUGGGAAGCAUGGAGGCAGUUCAGGGACCAAGUUCUGGUAAUACGACAUCGUCAAGUAACAUCAAAUCUUCUAAUAUUGCUGUAAAAUUGGCUGAAAGCAAAGUAAGUGUAACGGUGGAAGCCAGCGCAGAUAGCUCGAAGAAAGACCAGAAACUACUAAUUCAGGAAAAAGCUGCACAAGAAGUGAAACUGGCCAUUAAGCCAUUUUACCAAAAUAAAGAUAUUUCUAAAGAAGAAUAUAAAGAGAUUGUGAGAAAAGCAGUAGAUAAGGUUUGUCACAGCAAGAGUGGGGAAGUGAAUUCUGCAAAAGUGGCAAAUUUGGUCAAAGCUUAUGUGGACAAAUACAAACAUUCACGGAAGAAAAAUCCUGAAGAAAUGGUUUCUGUGGAAAGGAAAUGAAAGUUGCCUGAAAAAUGUCAUCGAGAUGUCUGCAAAGUGCAAUUUUGACGUGGACUAUUAACAAAAAAUAAUGGAUGAAAUCUGAUUUUGAUAAAAUUAUUUUUCAAUAUAGUGUAUAAUGUUUUGUUAUAAAUAAAUACAGAUUAAUGCUGCAAGUUCUUUAUCCUUUUGCAAAAGGAUAUGUAAAGAGAAACUGAAAGGAAUAAAGGAGCGUGUCCCUGCUUAGUAAUAUACAGUUCUGUGAUUGCCACAUGCACAGUAUUUUGUUUCAAACAGUGGAGUGCAGAGGCUCGAAUGUUUGUCAAAAUACUGUGAUUUGGAAAGAAGUAUGUACUAUAUAUGUAAAUCAGUCAGGAAAAGGGAGUCAAGGUGAUUUAUUUGGUCGUCCUGCCAACCCCAGUUCUAGUACAGUAAAGUAUUUUGCUUCAAUUUACAGGCUCAACAUGUGUUUUAAAAGCACACUGUGUCUGAAUAGAAUAACUUUUCAAAAAAACAAAACACCCUUCCCGUCCUACCAUAGCAAAUUUUGGUGCCCAAAAUUGUGGGCAUGGUUUUCCUAUUGUAACACCAAAUAAAGGCGAUGCUGCUUGUUA